UAAUCUAGACUUCUAUUUUGAUUUUGAUCUAGACGACAAUGGCCAACUUUGCAAUAUUUUCUGGGCAGACGGGAUUGCACCUAAAAAUUUUGCAUGCUUUGGAGAUGUGAUGUCCUUCGACGCUACGUACAGUACAAACAAGUACAAGCUAGUAUUUGUUCCAUUCACAGGAGUGGACAACCACAAGAGAUGCAUUACAUUUGGAGCAGGGCUACUGAGUAAAGAAAACAGCGAAUCAUAUGAGUGGCUACUGAAUAGCUUCAAGACUGCCAUGGGGGCGACACCAAGAUGUGCAAUAACAGAUCAAGACCCUGUAUUAAAGGUGACGCUUCCAAAAGUCAUGCCAACAACAAGACACAGGUUCUGUAUGUGGCACAUUAUGACAAAGGUGGGAGACAAGGUCAGUACUGAAUUAGCCAAGAACAAAGAAUUUAGAAAAGCUCUGAACAACACAGUAUGGGAUGAAACAUUAAGUAUCGAGGAGUUUGAGACUAAAUGGCAAAUGUUAAUGGAAGAAUACAACCUAAGUGAUGACACGUGGUUUAGCCAGCUGUAUGAGGCGCGUGCUAACUGGAUACCAGCAUACUUACAGGACAUUUUUAUGGGAGGACUAUUGAAAACAACAUCCCGCUCCGAGUCAGAGAACAGUUAUUACGGCAACUUUACAAACCAUCACUGCACACUAGUCGAAUUCUACAUGCAAUUCAACAGCGUCAUAGAGGAACAAAGAUAUAAACAAGGAAAACUAAAUGCAGAGUGUGAAGGAUCAUUCCUUGAGAUCAAAACACCGUUGGGCAUUGAGCGUCAAGCGGCAGCAGUGUACACUACAACCAUGUUCUACGAGUUCCAGAAAGAGCUCUAGGAAUCCAGUUUCAAAUGCAAUAUCACCAACAAGAUCACCACGAACGAGGAGUGGGUGUAUAUAGUGCAAGAGAACGGGGGCAAACAGUAUGAGGUAAAAAUGCAGACCACUGUAGAAAAGACAGAAUGCACAUGUAACAAAUUCAAUAGAAUGGGAAUCCUGUGCAGACAUGUGUUAUUAGUUUUCAAGAACGAAGGGGUGGACGAAAUACCAGUAGAAUAUAUUGUUGGUCGGUGGACAAGAGAUGCGUGCACAUGCCCAAUACAUGACAUUUGAUGGGCAACAACGGCAAACUCCCAAGGGGAGAUUGCGGUAAGAUCCGUUGCAAAUCAACUUUGGAAUGAAUUUUACAACUGUCUGGGUCUGGUAAAUGGGUGGCAAGAGAAGAUGGAAGAAAUGCUAACAACACUACAGCAACUGAAAAAGGGAUUCCAAAAGGAGAGACAAUAAUAAAAAAAACCCCGACACCACCAUAGAAUCCAUAUUGGGCUCCAAACCAGCAGGCGAAGUACACAUUAAACCGCCAAAGGUUGCAAACAACAAGGGACGUGGGAAGAGAUUGAAAAGCAAUAAGGAGAAGGCAAUGUAGAAGGUUAAAAAGAAACCAAGAGUAUGCGCAACAUGUGGUGGGACAAAACAUUACAGCCGAAAUUGUGAAGAAUACAACACUCAUGAAAAAGAUUAAACUACUGGUUUUUUUGUUAAAAUAAGAUUACCUUAAAUUCAUUUCGUUGUAAUGGGAUAUUUUUUUAAGUGCAUCGCUUCAAUAAAUGGACACUGCCAUUUAGUUAUGCAA